AUGAAAUCAGAAGCAACUGUAGUUGGUAGUGUAGACACUGCUGUAGAGGAAGUAGUCAAAGUAUUAAAUGAGUUAGAAAAAGUUUGCCCGACUAAAGAAGAAUAUUCUAACUUAUGUUUGAUGUUGACUUUACCGAGACUUUCUGACAACUUGGGAUAUAAAGAUUGGAACCCGAGUACAGCUAGAGUACAGUGUUUUCAGCAAGUUUAUCCUUUAGUGAUGAAAUUUUUGCCUUGCGAUAAAAAACCAGUUAUACCAGAUUCUUCAAAUGAUCGGUUGAUACACUCAAGUAGUUAUAAAGAUACAGAUCUUAGCUUGAUGUCGUGGCUUCAAAGCAUUCCAGCUGAAACUUUUGUCGUGCCGUUUGAACAAAAAACUUUAAAUGUUGAACUCGAACAAUUGGAAAGACCUUCUCUCGAAACCUCAUGGACAGAACACAUGCUUGUCACUCCUAUAAAACCUAAACAAUUUCCUCAUUCUGCUAUGCCUUUUACGAGACCGAGAUCUGCUGCUGACAUAAUGUCUCGUUCGCUUUUACCGAAUCUUGAUCAAACUACAUCAUCUUCAUCUCUCAUGUCGUCUAUUGGAGUGUCAAACAUACCAUCGAAUCUAGUAAAAUCGUCUUUUGCUAGUUUUCAUCUAACAGGAUUAAAAAGCAAUUCGGCAAUGACCAGCUCUGUAGAUAAGUUAUUUGAAAGUGAAGUGUUCGUAAAUAGCAUUAAUGGAGAACUUCCGUCUAUAACUGAAGUCGUCACACCAGUCAAGGAAAACAGAAUAAAUCCUUCUGAACUGUCUUCUCCUGAACCAAGUAGAUCGUCAAAUUCCACAACGGCGUCAAACACAACGCGUUCGUCUAGACGGGAUUCGCUGACUGAUCGAUACCAGUCCAUGUCUAUAAAUCAAUCAAAUACCAGUUUUGAUAUGCAGAAUAGUCAGUGUGAUCUUUUAAAAGAAUAUCAAAGACAAAAACAAAGGUAUCAAGAUGCUCUGCAAGAUCAAGAAAGAGAACGUCUUGAGUUAAUCCAACAGUUACGAAAUACCGAAUCAAAACUUCAAGAAGACAAUGGAACUAUAUCCAAUAGAACUUUAUCUCGUGAUUCUGAAAUAUUAGCAAAUCCAAAUGCUGCUAAACCACCGGUACCAACAAAAGUUAAUGUGAUAAAUGAAAAUGUCCGACAAAUACAAGUAAGAGAAUAA